CACGGGACUUAGCAUGACGCACCGCAAAGGUGCUCGGGAGUCGGCUACACGAGAGCCUCAGCUGCAGCGACCUACAGCACCUGUGCGAGCGUGUGAUUUUCUUUCCACCUCCUUGUCGUUAACCACCAUGUCCAUCCCAGAAACACAUCAUGCGUGGCGCGUCGUCGGGAAAGGGGAGCCUUCCAAGGUCCUGCGCCUUGACAAAGACGUGCCGGUACCCAAGAAACUCGACAAAGGCGAAGUGUUGGUCAAGGUGCAAGCUGCGGCUCUCAAUCCAGUAGCCUACAAGCUCAUGAAAACGGCACCAAAUUUCAUUGCCAAGAGACCUUACGUCCCCGAGCACGACGUCGCUGGCAUAAUAGUUGAUGCGAACGGGACCGGUUUCAAGGAAGGCGACCAGGUCUUUGGGUGGAGUCCUGUUGCAAUUCCGUUCAAGGCGGGAACCGGUGUUCUAGCGCAGUAUGCCCGCAUCAAAGCGGAGGAACUUGUCCCUCUUCCUGCCAAUGUCACCCCCGUACAAGCCUCCGGAGUCACGCUUGUGGCCAUGACUGCUUACCGGGCUCUAUUUGACCUCGGCGGCCUCCAGCCUGAGCAGAGUGUAUUCAUCAACGGUGGUAGUACCGCCGUUGGAGCGUUUGCCAUUCAGCUUGCGAAGGCUGUCGGCUGCAAGGUCACUGCAAGUGCAUCCGCGAAGAAUGAGGAGUAUGUGCGAUCUCUUGGUGCAGACGAGUUUGUCGACUAUACCAAGGCUCCGCUGCAUCAGACCUUGGCCUCUAACCCUCCUACUCCGAAGUUCCAUGUCUUCCUGGAGGCGGUUGGUCUCCUGGACACCUCGCUUUAUGCCCAUAGCGAGGCAUACCUUGCUCCUGGGGGAACCUUCAUCUCCGUAGGCCCUCAGCCAAAGGGGUUCGACGUUGUCGGUCUAGCAAUACUAGCAUGGAAGGUGUACCUUCAGCCGCGCUUCCUCGGAGGCACCAAACGUUCCUGGAAGAUCGUUCAGGCUCGCGCCAAACGCGCCGACCAGGAACAAAUCGCAACGUAUCUUGCUGAAGGGAAAAUCAAGCCCCUCGUGGAUUCGGUUUACAGCUUCGAGGAUGCUUUGAAGGCAUACGAGCGUCUCAUGACUAGCCGGGCGACUGGAAAGGUGGUGAUUAAGGUGGAUCCCGAUGUCGCUGAGUGA